CAGCAGCACACUGCACCUCCGGAAGCUUCCACCAUCGGACUCGCAUCACACCAGACCAGACAGCGGGUUUGCAACCGCGCACCCCCCAUCGCCGUCGAAUUCCACUUUGGAAGCGCCGAGUAGCCCAGCACCUACAUUCCUAUCUCGUCGGAUUCUGGAAAGAUCGUUGAGCAGAGCAACUCCAGCCGGAGUCGCAACACAGACGCCAUGGGCCAGAAUCAGUCGGGCAUGGGUGGCGGUGGAAGAGAUGGGCGCGAUGAAAAGGACAAGAAGAAGGAGAAGCCCAAGUAUGAGCCACCCCCGAGACCUACAACGCGCAUCGGCCGCAAGAAGAAGAAGGCCGGCGGCAGCAGCGCCGCCGCGAAGUUGCCUCCCGUCUUCCCGACGAGCAGGUGCAAGCUGCGGUUACUGCGCAUGCAGCGCAUCCACGACCACCUGCUGCUAGAGGAGGAGUACGUCGAGAACCAGGAGCGCCUGCGGAAGGCAAAAACUGCCAAGGACAAUGCAGCUCCCGCUUCCGAGCUGGAGUCCGACAGGAUGGCCGACGAGCGCAGCCGCGUCGACGACAUGCGCGGCAGCCCCAUGGGGGUCGGCACGCUCGAGGAGAUGAUCGACGACGACCACGCCAUUGUCUCCAGCACCACGGGGCCGGAGUACUACGUCAGCAUCAUGAGCUUCGUGGACAAGGAUUUGCUCGAGCCUGGCGCAAGCGUGCUGCUACACCAUAAGACAGUCAGCAUCGUCGGCGUCCUCACAGACGACACCGAUCCCGCCGUGAGCGUCAUGAAGCUAGAUAAGGCGCCGACGGAGUCAUAUGCGGAUAUCGGUGGCUUGGAGCAGCAGAUCCAGGAAGUACGCGAGUCGGUCGAGCUGCCGCUGCUGCAUCCAGAGCUUUACGAGGAGAUGGGCAUCAAACCGCCCAAGGGCGUCAUCCUCUACGGCGCGCCGGGCACCGGAAAGACGCUCCUGGCCAAGGCCGUGGCCAACCAGACAUCUGCCACCUUCCUGCGCAUCGUCGGCAGCGAGCUGAUUCAGAAAUACCUCGGCGACGGCCCCCGGCUGGUCCGCCAGUUGUUCCAGGUCGCUGCGGAGAACGCACCCUCGAUUGUCUUUAUCGACGAGAUCGACGCGAUCGGCACGAAGCGCUACGAUUCCACGUCGGGCGGCGAGCGAGAAGUCCAGCGGACCAUGCUGGAACUCCUCAACCAGCUCGACGGCUUCGACGACCGCGGCGACGUCAAGGUCAUCAUGGCCACCAACAAGAUCGAGACUCUCGACCCGGCCCUGAUCCGCCCGGGCCGCAUCGACCGCAAGAUCCUGUUCGAGAACCCGGACCAGAACACGAAGCGCAAGAUCUUCGCGCUGCACACCAGCAAGAUGUCCCUGAACGAGGACGUCGACCUGGAGGAGUUCAUCGCGCAGAAGGACGACCUCUCGGGCGCCGACAUCAAGGCCAUCUGCUCCGAGGCCGGUCUCAUGGCCCUGCGGGAGCGCCGCAUGCGCGUGCAAAUGGCUGACUUCCGCGCCGCCCGCGAGCGCGUGCUGCGCACCAAGCAGGAGGGCGAGCCCGAGGGCCUGUAUCUGUAGUUGGCUGUGUAUGAGAGACUGUAGCCCGAGGCACCAGCGAGUGCGGCGACGGAUAAUAGACGAAGCGACUUGCCUGUCAAUCCAUCGUAUUUCGUCCAGUGUGUGUGUGUGUAUCACGUGUCAAGUUCCGGAAAAUGGCUUUCCGAAGUUCUUCAUUGCUUGGUAAAUCGGUGCCGCGCCGGGUUCCGUUUACAUAAUUGCUCCCUCGUUUGGUCCUAUUGACCGAAAGGGCUCUCUUAGAGCUGAAGUAUCUUCGUUGGCAUAUCUCUCAUACAGCGAAGUAAGUUCCCUUUUGUGAAUUCAUG